AUGGGUUCUCCUCGUCUUCGAAUCGAAGGAACGACCUUCAAAGACCCGGAUAAUCGAGAAAUUACACUUAGGGGGAUCAAUGUUGCUGGAGAAUCCAAAUAUCCCAAAAUCCCGGAUAUUCCUUCGCAUGUACCUGACAAGUUCUUUGAGACCGACGACGUUUCAUUCAUUGGUCGGCCAUUUUCCCUUGAUGACGCACAUACACACUUCGCGAGGCUACGGAAAUGGGGCUAUAAUACCAUACGGUAUCUGUUCACCUGGGAGGCCAUCGAGCACGCAGGUCCGGGGAAAUAUGAUGAUGAAUGGAUCGCAUUCACCAUCGAAGUCCUUCGGGUUGCUAAGCAGUAUCAAUUCUACGUGUUCAUGGAUCCUCACCAGGAUGUGUGGUCCAGACUUUCAGGAGGAUCCGGUGCCCCAGGGUGGACUCUUUACGCAGCAGGGCUGAAUCCAAGAACUUUCAAGAAGACCGAGGCUGCUCUUGUUCAGAAUACGUAUGACGGUCCGGCAGAGUUCCCAAAAAUGAUUUGGAGUACCAAUUACACCCGGCUCGUCUGUCAGACCAUAUUCACAUUGUUUUGGGCUGGCCGAGACUUUGCACCCAAGGCAAUCAUAAAUGGUGUGAACAUCCAAGAUUACCUUCAGGGCCACUUCAUCGCUGCGUGCAAAUAUUUCGCCCAGAAGAUCCAUGAGGCUGGCGACCUGGAAAAUGAAGUUGUUAUUGGAUGGGAAAGCAUGAACGAGCCCCAUAGAGGACUUAUUGGUGUCCAAGACAUAUCCAUGAUUCCACCUGAACAACAACUCCAAUUAGGAACAUCUCCGACCGCCUUUCAGGCAAUGCUGACGGGAUCUGGACGGGCGUGCGAGGAGACAACAUGGGCGUUCGGCGGUUUUGGACCUCACCAGACUGGCCGGGUACUUGUGGAUCCUGAGGGCGAAUCCGCAUGGCUACCCGCAAGUUAUGAUGACCAUAAGUACGGUUGGAAGAGAGAUCCAGGAUGGAAACUAGGAGAGUGUCUAUGGGCACAACAUGGCGUCUGGGAUCCGUCAACGGACCGAUUACUCAGGAAAGACUAUUUUGCUAAGAAGCCUCAAAGCGGCGAACCAUUGAAUUACGACGUCUUCACAAACACAUAUUUCAUGGAGCAUUACAGAGCCUAUAAAGAUGCCAUCAGAAGUGUAUGGCCUGAAUCCAUCAUGCUUUGCCAGCCUCCUGUUAUGGAAGUACCCCCUGAUCUCAAGGGUUCUUUUGAUGACGACCCUAACAUGGUUCAUGCCGUACACUAUUACGACGGACUUACCCUAUUGACAAAGCACUGGAAUCGACUAUACAAUGUUGAUGUGAUUGGUGUGCUCCGUGGAAAAUAUUUGGCGCCGGCGUUCGCUGUCAAGAUAGGGGAGACGGCUAUCCGAAACUGCUUGCGCGAUCAGCUUAAGUAUCUGAGAGAUGAGAGCCUACGUUUUAUGGGGAACCAUCCUAUGAUCUUCACGGAAAUUGGAAUCCCCUAUGACAUGGAUGAUAAGUACGCGUACAAAACAGGUGAUUACGGCAGUCAAAUUAGUGCAAUGGAUGCCAACCAUUUCGCCCUGGAAGGCAGCGCUGCCAAUGGCUUUACAUUAUGGCUCUAUACAACACAGAACAAUCAUGAAUGGGGCGAUAAUUGGAACGGCGAGGACCUCUCGAUCUUCUCCCUGGACGACCCCGAGCUGCCGAGCGGUAAGCUAUUAGCGAUUAAAAGCGCAUCACGAUCGCGGUCUGACUCUCAUUCUCCAGCCUACUCUGAGAGUCAGAGCAACAUAGAAGAUCAACACGUGGGGCCAUCGAAUCUGAAGGACGCUUUGCGACCGGUCUCUAUCACUUCCGAAGUCUCUUCCCAAGCGUCGAAAGAUCAUGCAGGCUUUCGCGCAGCGGAGGCUUACAUUCGGCCAAGUCCGAUUUUCACCAACGGCUCUCUCACACAAUAUGGCUUUGAUUUACGGAAUUGCAUAUUCACCAUGUCAUUAGUGGCUCAAGAGAAGGCCGUCCGAGGAGAGCGGCCGACAGAAAUCUACCUGCCGGACUUCCACUUUCCCGAUACGCAUACUGUGGUAGCUGUCAGCGGUGGUCAGUGGACCCUUGAUUAUGCUGAGAUCGACUCUGUGAAGAUCCAACGGCUUCGGUGGUGGCAUCCGGAAGGGAACCAGGACAUAAAGAUCCAAGGGAUCAAACGCAAACCAGGCGACCUGACCAAGGUCUCCGGAGACGAUUUGACUUAUUUGGAGCAGUGCCAGCGUGCCGCAUGUACUGUGAUGUAGGGAUAAUUAGGUUAGGGUUCUGUCUAAUAUUCCAUUCGGUACGGUUUGGCGCACUAGGAAGGUUUUGUCUCUUAAUUAUAUGGGUUGAAGCAAGGACACUCAACGUUUUAGCUUUAUUUUUUUGCUUUUUCUUUUUUUGAUAAAGGACAACAACAAAAUAUGUGAAAACUUUCAUAAUAAUCAGUGAUAAUGAGUGAAUCAGACUGGGGAAUCAGUUUGACGAGCGGGAGAUAUCUGAAGGUACUAGUACAUAAAUAACAUUGCCGUGGAUAUAAGAAAUGAGUGUAAAUCGGAGGCGGUGUGUGGGCGGAACCCCUCCUACAGUCGGUGUGGUGAUUGGAGCGGUAGCGCGUGGAAAAUUCUCUCCCAAGAGGUUGGAAGUUGAAGGUGGGCGGGCGUUUGCCUGAUGAUUGUUCCCUUUACUAACUUUUGGUUCCCUCUUUCCCAAUCACAACAACCCGCGUCAAAUCAUAGAAGUACUAAUCACACUCUCCCCCUUUUUAAGGAAAACGUGGUGGAUCAACCAGUGCUCUUUCUC